AUGAAGACCAAGAGCGAAUGGAUGCAGUUGUUCUCCCCGAAGCAAGUCCGCCAGGCCAUCUGGAUGGACCUCGGAGGGGCGUUGGCUACGCCGAUCAACUCAACGAGCACUCGGCACGUUGUGCAGAAUACUGUGGACUUCUUGCGAGCUAUGGGGUGCGAACCCCAGAUCCUCCCCUCGGAGGCUGCGCUCGCGAGUUGGACGCCGACCGCCGCUGCCACGGCGUUAACCAAGUGGAGGAAGAAGCUGCGUAAUGCCUUUGGAGUGGCGGACGUCAGUUCGCGAGGCCCAACGAUGCUUCGUUCGACCUCGGAGGCAGUAGACCCGUCGAAGGUCCCGCUACCAGCGACCCCUCGGAAGGGAGCCACUGAUGACGGUGUCUUUGCAACCAAGGGCGAAGCCUCGCCGUACAUGCAAGACUCACACAUGAGCUCAACCCCAACGCUCGAGAUCGCCACGCAUUUGCCUCUCGCCAACAUCAAGCCGUUCUACGGAACGCGCGACAAGAGCGAGCACUCCAUGCAGUGGCUCCGAACGUUCAUCUAUGAGAUGAAGGGAACGCAUGCACCACCCAACGAGGAUGGAGCCCUGCACUGGUGUCGCCAGCUCCCACGCAAGACAAGACGCACGUGGAAGUUGCUGAGCGAGGCGUUCAUCAAGUACUAUUGCUCGAAGUUUUCCCAGUCUGCGAAGGCUCGGUACUACUCGGCCAAGCGAGAAGACAAGGAACACGUUUGUGACUACCUCAACCGGCUCAACGGCUACGCUAGCAACGCCGGUGUGCAAUUUGAGAACGGUGGUCGUGACGCGAAGGACCACGUGGAACACUUCUUGGCCACGUGUGACGACCGAAACUUAGAAGACCGUCUGUGCCACGUCUGGGUCAAGAGCGUCCAUGACCUCGAAGACAUGAUCAACGACAUCCUGCGUCACCGUGACCGCAAAUCGAACCGAGAAUCGUCAUUCCGCCGCUCUCGGAGUCAAGAUGAUGGACGUCGACGCGAUGCGAGGUCGAACGAGGAUUCUCGUGGUGGCUACCGCCGCGAACGACGCUACCACGACGAAGACCGUCGCAAACGACGUCGCCGUGACAACGACCGCCGCAACGACCGCAGUGAAGACGACCGUCGCCGUGACCGACGCGAUGGAUCGCCGUACCGGUCCCGAGUCACUUUGGUUGACGCGCUGGUCGAUGUGAUGGCAGAAUGGAACGUCAGGGACUCGGUGGGUGCGCGUAACGAGGGAUCAUACGCCCCCCGACGUGAUGCUGGGACGAACGAGGAUUGCUUCGAGGACGGGCGCCAGCACUCGGACGAGGAUUCGCAUGACGAUUACGACUCGAACGAGUCUACCGGACAUGUCGCUGCCGCUAACGACGCUGAGCGCAGAGCCGCAGCCGAAGGAACGUUCGCUCGGACUGAUAACCAACGCUUCAGGAACGGAGGAGGCCCGUCCAACCGCGAACGAGAUGGUCGUCGCCAGUAUGGGCCGUGUGCCGCGUGCGAAAGCCCGUCUUACUCGGUGCACUUCUGCUACCGGCGGUGUAAACUGUGCAAACAGGUGCACGACGCUGGGAAGUGUGAAGCACUUCACGAGCUCACCAAGCUUCUGAAGUCGAAGGUCGACAAGAAGGAUCUGUCGCUAGAGCUGCAAAGCCUGUUAGCUGAGCCUGCGGUUGAUGCGGACUAUCUGUUCGCGUUCAUGGGCAAAAGCAAACGGCCUGACGACCUGAUGAACAACGAUCGUGUGAAACCGACGGAAAAUGGAGAGAACCGAGACCCAAGUCUCGUUGAGACUGGUGUUGAUGAAGAUGAUGAUGAUGAACGUGAUGAACACCCGACCGAGGCUUUGAUUACAAGUCUAGCCCAGGUCAGGGGACCACCUCGGAACCUCGUUCGGGCGGUGAAAGUACUGCCCGGCGAGAGACUGGGGUGGUGGUCGUCCAAACGAUACGACAAGAGGAUGCGCAUGAGAGCUUUGGUCAUGGGCGCUGUGGACGACGCGCGAACGAGGAUCCUCCUCGACACUGGAGCAAAUGUUAGCGUGAUUUCAGCCAACGUCGCCAAGCGGCUACGUGUGCGGGAAGUCCGGGACCAUGGACGAAGUCUUGAAGUCCGCGGCAUCAACCCGGGGGUGAUGGAGACCCGGCGACGGGCGCUCGUGAAGAUCACCCUCGGGUGGGAACAGGUUUGCGAGUUCGAGAUGUGGAUAAUGGACCAUAGGGCUGGUGUGGACGUCGUCCUUGGGAUAGAUUUUAUGAUCCCAGCUGGAAUCCGGCUGGACCUAUUUUAUGGCACCUCACGCCUUCCGGACGAGGUCAUGGUGCCACUGCUGAAGUCGCAGAGUGUUGAGGAUAACGAACCUUACGGCACGCAGCCCUCGUGUGGCCCGACCGAGGAUUUAUACAUCCCCGGUCGCGCGUGGCGAGAGUUUCGACUGCCGCGCCAGCGGCUACCUCGUUCAGAGUUUGAUGUGUGGGUUCGACGCACGGACAAGCUUGUGCCGACCGUAACGAGGCUUCGACGGGGACAGCCGGCAUGGCGGCACGGUGUGCCAAGCAUGACUCCGUGGUGCUACUCGAACAAGUACAAGGAGUGGCAGGUGCUAGCCUACUCAACGUGCCGUGAUGAGACUCUGCAAGGACGAGAACGCCAUCUCUACGAGCAAUGGUUGGCUGAACAGCCGCCUGCGGUCGAGCGCCGAACUUACCCGACGCCACGAAAGAUCCUGCCGAGGCCACCGGAUGUCCCGCCAUGGCCAGAAGGCCGUCAACAAGCACCGUUGGAUGAUGAGUACUCGUCACCCGAUGUACAUAGCUACGCCGACGACCCCAGGUUCAGUGAAAGCUCGGUCGAGGUCGCUCGAGCUGAUACAACCGAUGUGGAACGUGCUGGUGGGUCGAACGAUGGUUCGGGCGACGAGGCCAGCGCAUCGGAUGACUCGGACGUACCCGGAGAUUCGCCGCCUAGCCGAGCGAGCUGCCUGCCCGUGAAUGCGAACAGUGGUGCUGACUCUACUGGCCAGGGAGCGACAUACGCCUCGGUUGAGGCAUCGGAAGCCAGGGAUGAGCUGAGUGAUGGUGGCAGCGUGACGAACGACGAUUCGGAGGGUGACCGCGACGUAGUAGCAGUGGCCGAGACAACUACAUGGGACGUCCUGCCAACGGGGACCGCUGCGCCCAGCCUGGAGUCAGGAGAAACGUCGGCUGCAGUGUGUAGUAGCGAAGUCGACUGGGGUGAACACGACCCAGGGCCUAACGACGUUCCUACUGAAGCCGGAACCUCCACCGCUGACGCCGACAUUGAACUCCAUGAUUCGGAUGUGAGUGCGAUCGACGACCCCGAGCAGCUACUGGAGGCGACCUAUAUCUCAGUCAUGCAUGCCAUGGUUGCAGAAGGAUCUGACGAAGGUGAUGACACCUUGAACGGCGUUUCGGAGCACGUAGCGAACGAGAUUUAG